AUUGAACUGGGGACCUCUGGAAGAGUAACAAGUACUCUUAACCACUGAGCCAUCUCUCCAGCCCAAGCUUGUGUUUUCUGUAAUAGUCUUUCACCCUUCCCUUCCCACUUUCCUCCUCUCUCAAACUUUGCUUAGUCUUCCCAUGAGAACGCCUCCUUUGUGCUCAGUGUCAGGCGGAACCGUGAGCGAGGUGCUCUUCUGAUAAGCAGUGUCACAGCCCGAGCAAAGCCUUGCUCUGAAAGCUCGCCAUUCAGCACUGUGUCGAGAAAGGCCACCUGCAGCUGUGGUCAUGGUAACUCUUAGAUCACAGCAACUGAACGUCUUUUUCUUUGCACUUUCUGCAUUUGGUAACCAGCUCCGUCUGAUUGGACACAAGGGUACAGGGGCCAACAGGUGGACUGUGUUUUUACCUAUGCUGAUGAGCCACAAGAAAGGCAGGGCCAGUUCAGGUGUUGAUGACAGGUGGUGAAUCAAGAACAGGAGUUCCUGGGUGUGAAAGUGUCACCUUAUAGGAACUUCACCUUGGGGCACCCCCAAGCUGAUCUUGAGCCUAGGUCUCCAUCAGGGUAGCCCAUUGCCUGCUUCUGAACAGGCUCUUGCCAUCUCCAGCGAGUCUGUGUCUGAAGGAGGGUAAGAUCCAGGCACACUCAGUUCUCACGUCUCAUAAUACUGUGAAGGCAGGCUGAAGCCAUGGACAUCGACGCGGAGAGAGAGAAAAUAACACAGGAGAUCCAAGAACUUGAAAGGAUUUUGUAUCCUGGAUCCUCCAGCACCCAUUUGGAGAUCUCUGAAUCCAGUCUCAGUUCAGACUCUGAAGCAGAUUUCCUGCCCGAUGAGGACUUGGGAACUGCUGCUGUCCCCAUCCUGGGAGAAGAAAGGUGGAGUGAGGCCAGCAAUGAUGAGGAGGACCCCAAGGACAAAGCUCUUCCGGAAGACCCCGAGACCUGUCUGCAACUAAAUAUGGUCUACCAGGAGGUGAUCCAGGAGAAGCUGGCAGAGGUCGGCCAGCUGCUAGCCCAGAACCAGGAGCAGCAGGAAGAGAUUCUGUUUGAUCUGGCUGGGACCAAAUGCCCCAAGGUGAAAGAUGGCAAAAGCCUGCCUUCAUACAUGUACAUAGGCCACUUUAUGAAGCCAUACUUCAAGGACAAGGUCACUGGAGUGGGGCCUCCUGCCAAUGAAGACACACGAGAGAAGGCUGCCCAGGGAAUCAAGCCCUUUGAACAGCUCUUGGUGACCAAGUGGAAGCACUGGGAGAAAGCCUUGCUCAGGAAGUCUGUUGUGAGCGAUCGCCUGCAGCGCCUGCUUCAGCCCAAGUUGCUAAAACUUGAGUACUUACGUGAGAAACAGAGCCGAGUCUCUAGCGAGUUGGACAGGCAGGCCCUGGAGAAACAAAUUAAGGAAGCAGAGAAGGAGAUUCAGGACAUCAACCAGCUCCCAGAGGAAACUUUGCUGGGGAACCGGCUGGACAACCACGACUGGGAAAAGAUUUCCAACAUCAAUUUUGAAGGAGGCCGCAGUGCAGAGGAAAUCCAGAAGUUCUGGCAGAGUUCUGAGCAUCCAAGCAUCAACAAGCAAGAAUGGAGCGCAGAGGAGGUGGAGCGACUGAAAGCCAUUGCUGCCGCGCAUGGCCACUUGGAGUGGCAUUUGGUUGCAGAGGAGCUAGGGACGAGCCGCAGCGCCUUCCAGUGCCUGCAGAAAUUCCAGCAGUACAACAAAGCUUUGAAACGCAAGGAGUGGACAGAAGAGGAAGACCACAUGCUCACCCAGCUGGUCCAGGAGAUGCGUGUUGGGAACCAUAUUCCAUACCGCAAGAUUGUCUACUUUAUGGAAGGAAGAGACUCCAUGCAACUGAUCUACCGUUGGACCAAGAGCUUGGAUCCUAGCCUGAAAAGGGGAUUCUGGACCCCAGAGGAAGAUGCUAAGUUGCUUCAAGCUGUUGCCAAGUAUGGGGCGCACGACUGGUUUAAAAUCCGGGAAGAGGUGCCAGGUAGGAGCGAUGCCCAAUGCAGAGACCGCUACAUCAGAAGAUUACAUUUCAACCUGAAGAAGGGACGGUGGAAUGCAAAAGAAGAGCAGCAGCUGAUCCAAUUAAUAGAAAAAUACGGUGUCGGUCAUUGGGCACGAAUAGCUUCUGAACUGCCCCAUCGGUCAGGCUCCCAGUGUCUGAGCAAGUGGAAAAUAAUGACCAGGAGGAAGCAGCACCUCCAGAGGAGGAGGGGGCGGCGGAGGCCCCAUCACAGUAGCCAGUGGGGCUCGAGCAGCAGCAGCAGCGGCAGCAGCGACAGUGAGGGUUACAGGGGCAGCAGCAGCAGCAGCAGUGAAGACUCGGGCUCAGAAAUGGAGCUGGAAGAGUCUCUGGAGAACGGCAGAGCACUGGUGCCCCCACAGCACAGAGUACCAGACAUUGACCUGUGGGUUCCUACCAGGAAGACCACCAGCCACUCACAGAGAGAAGAGGCAGGACGCUACCUAGAACACCGUGCUGUGUCCUACACUCUUGAUGCCACUCAGAGUCACCACAAGGAAGAUUCCACCACCGUCUCCACUCCUGAGCUUGCGUUAAAAGUGCCCCUAGAGAAAAUGCUGAAGUUGACCAGGACCCGCCCAACCACCCAGAGCCACACACUGGUGAAGAAAAGACCAGUGCAGCCACUCCUGCCUAAUUCAUGCUCGGGGUCUGACCCUGGUGACGGUGUGGCUGGGCCCCAUCUGCGGCGGCUGUGGCGUGGAACUUUACAGCAUAAGCUGAGACGCAAGAGACAGGCUUUGCACCGCAGGCUCCUUAAACACAGGCUUCUGCUGGCUGUGAUACCCUGGGUGGGUGACAUCAACCUGUCCUGCACACAAGCUCCUAGGAGGCCUGCAGCAGUGCAAACUCAAGCUGACGGCAUCAGGAUGCAGUUAGAGAGUGCCCGCCUGACCAGCACUCCGGUGUUCACAUUGCUUAUUCAGCUGUUGCAGAUUGAUACUGCGGGCUGCAUGGAGGUAGUUCAAGAGAGGAAGACCCAGCCACCUGCAGUGCUCCAGCCUGGCACCCAGAACCCCCAACCACAUCUUCUGCAGGCAUCCUCCAGUGCCAAGAACAGCACAGGCUGCCUCCUCCCAAGCAUCCCGGGUCAGCAAACUGCAAAGAGAGACGGCCACAAAGGGCGUCCACAGCUGGGAUCCUGCGGUGCUGCGGCUGCCUCCUUCCAAGUUCCUGUAGCAGCCCCACGUGGCCUCCGGCCAAAACCCAAGACUGUAUCUGAGCUGCUUCGUGAAAAACGGCUCCGUGAGUCCCGUGCCAAGAAGGCUACUCAGGCCCUCGCUGCCAUCCAUAGCCAGUUGCUGAUCUCCUCACCUGUGAUCCUCCAGCCCCCUCUGCUGCCAGCCCCCCAGGGUUCCCCAGUAGCAGGCCCUGCAACAUCCAGUGUAGAACUCGCUGUUCCUGUGGCUCCAGUGAUGGUUAAUUCAAGUCCUUCUGGCUCCUGGCAGGUGGCUGGGAUCUCAGCCACAGACAAGCAGCCCCCCACCCUGCAAACUGUUCCCCUAAAUCCUUCCCACAAAGGGACCCAGAUUGCAGCCCCUGCUGCUUUUAGGAGCCUGCCCCCAGCUCCCAUGCAGGUCCCCACAAGCUGCCCCCCGAGUACUCUUGGACAGUCUCAGGCUUCUGCCACAUCCCAGAAACAGGACCCACCCCUUCUCCCAGAAGCCCCCAGCCCCACACAGCUACCUGUGCAGCCCCUCAGUCUACCACCAGUUCCUGGCCCACAGGCAAGUGGGCAGCCCCUGGCAGCCAAGGCCAACCUGCCUGUCAACUGGGUGCUCACAACACAGAAGCUGCUCUCUGUCCCAGUACCAGCUGUGGUGGGCCUCCCCCAGUCAGUGAUGGCCCCUGAGACUGUAGGACAACCAACAAAACAGCUACCUUCCCCUUCCAUGACUCCUGCUUGCCAGGGACAGCUUCCAGUCAGUGCAGACACAGAGCCCAAAGGUCCCCAGGGCCAGGAAACACCACCCACAUCUGGGCACGAAAAGAAGACCCUGAACCUAAGUCUGCUUUCCCAGGAAAGUGAGGGAGCCACAUUGACAUGGCUGAAAGGCUCCCAAGGUGCUUGUGUGCCCCCACUGGGAAGCAGGAUGCCCUAUCAGCCCCCUUCACUGUGCAGCUUGCGAGCCUUGUCCAGCCUCCUUCUCCAUAAAAAGGACUUGGAGCAGAAGGCUUCUUCUCUGGUGGCCAGCCAGGCAGCUGGGUCCCAAACUGAGCCCAAGCCUGGAGCCCACCAAACUUCCUUGGAACUGGUACAGAGGCAAUUCCGGGACAACCCAGCCUACCUGCUGCUAAAGACACGUUUCCUGGCUAUCUUCUCCCUUCCCGCGCUCCUGGCCACUCUGCCUCCCAGCAGUGUCCCUACCACCCUGUCAGCAGCCAUGGCUGUUGGUUCUGAAAGUGACAGUGACGACCUUGGUGACCUGGAACUCAAGGACAGGGCCGGGCAGUUGGACUGCCUGGCCUGUAGAGUACAAGCAGACUCAGCAGCCACAGACGCCAUACAGAGAGCUCCAGGUUCUGGUGAGGACCCUGCCCCCUCCCAUCUGAAUGCUUCUGAUGACCUUAACGUGCUUAGGACACGGCACGCUCGACAUUCACGGACACGGAGGCUGCUGUGAGCCGCAAGGACAAGGACUCAAGGGACCAGAAACCCACUCUUACACCAGGCAAGAGGCAGGGCCUAGGCCUGACCAGAAGUCCACAACCAUCUGCGAGAGGAAUUGGAGGCCAGGAAGCUGCAGGGACUCUGCAGAGUAACCUGUCUGCAGCCAGCAACAGGGACUCUGACAACAGUGACCGGCUUAACUGCUAAUAAAUGCAAA